UGUUCUUUUACGUUUGAAUAUUCCACACUCCACUUACUGAAGACGAACUCGUCGUCACUCUCACUUUUUGGGCGCCCAAACCAAUCUUCAUCAAAACUAUUAAAUUAACCUAAAUUCACCGAACCCUAAUUUCCGAUGAUCUUCCCCAAUUUCUUCACAAUGAUCACAACAAAUUUGUAACCAAUCUUUUAAUUUAGAAAUUCAUUGAUUCAUUAAUAAUAAUCUCAUUAGUCUGGGCAGAUAAACAACAUUUUUUGAUGAUCAUUUUGAUUUGGUGAUCGGAGAAGAUUAAAAAUGGCGUUGGAAAAUCCAUGCCAAGAAGCUGCAAAAUCGAAGCCAUUAUUUGUUACAAUUUAUGCAACUGUGAUUGUCGGAAUCAUCUUCUCUUCAUUUUAUGUUUUUUCUGCUAUUUACUCAUCCGAGCCUCCCGAUGCUCGAAUUUCUAUCUCCACUUCGCCUUCAAGAGGGGAUUCUCUUCUACAAGCACCAAACUCUUCUCCGUCAACAGGUUUAAGCACACACUCAGUGUCUCCUGUCAAUCCCCAGAGCACAAAUUUGAAGCCUAUAUGGGAGCCUCCCCCUAAAUCUAAGAAAAUGCCACCUAUUGAUUCCUUUCGGUUGAGAAAAGAGUUGGUGGAGCAGAGGGUGAAGGAUAAUACAAUCAUAGUCACUUUUGGAAACUAUGCCUUCAUGGAUUUUAUCCUGACUUGGGUUAAACACUUGACUGAUCUGGGUUUGUCAAACCUCCUAGUUGGUGCGAUGGAUACUAAAUUGUUGGAAGCACUGUAUUGGAAGGGCAUUCCAGUUUUUGAUAUGGGAAGUCACAUGAGCACUAUAGAUGUGGGAUGGGGAUCACCAACUUUUCAUAAAAUGGGAAGGGAGAAGGUUAUUUUAAUAGAUUCUAUUCUUCCUUUUGGCUAUGAAUUACUGAUGUGUGACACGGACAUGGUUUGGUUGAAGAACCCCCUUCCAUAUUUUGCUCGAUUUCCUGAAGCAGAUGUUUUGACUUCAACUGAUCAAGUUAUACCAACAGUGGUUGAUGAUAGGUUGGAUGUUUGGCAGCAAGUUAGUGGUGCAUACAAUAUAGGAAUCUUUCACUGGAGACCGACAGAAUCUUCAAAGAAGUUGGCUAAACAUUGGAAAGAGUUGCUACUCGCUGAUGAAAAGAUAUGGGAUCAGAAUGGGUUCAAUGAUAUUUUACGAAUGCAGCUUGGACCUUCUGUUGAUGAUGAAAGUGGUCUUUUCUAUGCUUAUGAUGGAAAUCUCAAGCUGGGGCUCCUUCCAUCCAGCAUAUUCUGUAGUGGACAUACCUAUUUUAUUCAGGCAAUGUAUCAACAAUUUAAACUGGAGCCGUAUGCAGUGCAUACCACAUUCCAGUACGCUGGUACUGAAGGAAAACGCCAUCGAUUACGAGAAGCCAUGUUGUUUUAUGAUCCACCUGAGUACUAUAACUCUCCAGGAGGUUUCUUGUCCUUUAAGCCAUCCAUUCCGAGGAGCUUGUUAUUAGAUGGAGAGCAUAGUGUUGAGUCACACUUUGAUGUUGUUAAUUAUCAGAUGAAACAGAUACGAACAGCACUUGCUAUCGCGUCAUUGCUGAAUCGUACCCUGGUUAUGCCUCCAAUAUGGUGCAGGUUGGAUAGGCUUUGGUUUGGUCAUCCUGGAAUCCUGGAGGGUACCAUGACAAGGCAACCUUUCAUUUGCCCUAUGGAUCAUGUUUUUGAGGUUAACGUGAUGCUGCGAGACUUGUCACAGCAAGAAUUUGGCCCACAUAUUGAUAUCAGGGAAUAUUCCUUUCUUGAUAACCCAGCACUGCCCCUGAAAGUAAAGGAGUCGUGGCUCGAUGUGCAACUUUGUCAAGUGGGAUCAAAAGACUGCCAUGCUACCAGUAAUUCUAGCGCUGCCGGACUGCUUAGAUUUCCCAAACAUGGCAGCGAAAAAACGUUCAAGUCAGUGUUCUCCCCAUUCAAGAAUGUCAAAGUUAUAAAUUUCAUGUCAAUCCAGGAUGCCUUCCUUGGGUUUGCUGAAAAGGAGAGAGAGCAGAAGUUUGAGAAACGUGUUAAACGUUAUGUAGGCAUAUGGUGUUGUGUGAUGAAUAACACACCAGGUCAUAUAUAUUAUGAUAUGUAUUGGGAUAAGAAACCUAACUGGAAACCAUUACCGCCACAAAAACCGGAGGAUGAUCACCCUCCAGUAUAGCUGCCUAGACCGUACGCCCUUCCAACACGAGAACUGUAAAGGCAUUACACGGAGAGACAAAAGCAUGCAAUCAGCUGACAGACAUUUGUAGACAGUACUUCAUGUUUGGCCGGAAGCUGGCAGUACUCUAACAGAGGAACAUAUUUUGGUUAUUGGUGCAAUGCUUGCUGCAACUCAGGCGUACAAAGAGAAGUCUUGCCCUCUUCUAGGGCAGGGCAGUCAGGGCAGUCAGGGCAGGGGAAGCUGUUGCAAUACUAUUCUGAAUCGGAUAUUUAUGAAAAUUCUGUUGAAUCAUUGAUCUUGAUAAAGAUCGGUUCAUAAGUUGUAGCUAAACAUUUCUUUUAUUCAGUUUAGUUUUAUACCAAGCUGUAUCCUGGUGCAUUUGUUCCAAUGUAAUUGAACUAAAGCACCAGUAAACAAAAAUGGUGUAUGGCGCAGUUUACCGCGAUUUUUUUGUAAUA